AUGGCCCCGGACCCCAGCAGACGCCUUGGCCGGCUGCUGCUGCUGCUCACCUGCUGCCUUGUGCCCUCCUGGGCCAACCUGCUGACCCUGGACUGGCUGUGGUCCACCGACAUCACCGACUCCGAGGACACACUGGUCUCCCAGCCCCAGGGCAGCCUGCCCGUGCAGCCUGCAGCGGCCCCCGCCACACACGUGGCCCCCCAGGAUGACCCCGCGGAGCAAAGGACGGCCCCUGCCAGCCCCAGGCCACCCUUGGAGAAUCCGAAGGCCGCCCCAAGCAGGGCUCCUGGCGCUCCCAUCAGUGCCGCCGCCCCCGCCGCCCCAGCUGCAAGCCCGGACACGAGGGAGGAGAACGUCGCGGGAGUGGGAGCCAAGAUCCUGAGCAUAGCCCAGGGCAUCCAGAGCAUCGUCCAGCUGUGGAACGAGGCCACCCCUACCCAGAGCUCUGCUGGAUCCGCCUCGGCCCCCACGGACCCUCUGGCCCUCGCGGGGCCCUCCGGCCCGCCCGAGGAGAGCGGGACCACUCUCGGGCCUCACAGAGGAGCUCUGAGCUCUCUGGGCACCUGGACGGCCGAGUCUGGCACUCUGGCUGUGCCCACCCAGUCGCCUCCCUCCCUGGACAGGCUCCAGGCACCACUGAGGGGGCACUCGGUGCCACGGGAGUCCCCAGACAGUGUCCGUGAGGAGGUGGGGCUGCCGCAACUCCUUGGAGAGCCCUCGCCCCAGCAGAUCACCCAGAUCGAGGACCCCGACGUCGGGCUAGCCUAUGUCUUUGGACCAGACACCAACAGUGGCCAGGUGGCCCGGUACCGCGUGCCCAGCCCCUUCUUCCCUGACUUCUCGCUGCUGUUCCACAUCCGGCCGGCCUCGGAGGGCCCCGGGGUGCUGUUCGCCCUCACGGACGCGGCGCAGGCCGUGGUCCUGCUGGGCGUGAAGCUCUCGGGGGUGCAUGAUGGGCACCAGGACAUCUCACUGCUCUACACCGAGCCGGGCGACAGCCAGACCCGCACAGCGGCCAGCUUCCGCCUGCCUGCCUUUGUGGGCCAGUGGACACGCUUUGCGCUCAGCGUGGACGGCAGCUCUGUGGCUCUGUACGUGGACUGCGAGGAGUUCCAACGGCUGCCGUUUGCUCGGUCUCCACGGGGCCUGGAGCUGGAGCCUGGCGCUGGCCUCUUUGUGGGGCAGGCUGGGGGAGCCGACCCCGACAAGUUCCAGGGAAUGAUCGCAGAGCUGACGGUGCGUGGGGACCCCCAGGUGAGCCCCCUGCGCUGCCUGGACCAGGAGGACGAUGACGAGGAUGGGGCAUCAGGAGACUCUGGAAGUGGCCUCGAGGAGGAGGACCAGCUUCGCAGGGAGGGAGCGGUCGUGGCCCUGAGACCCAGCCUCCCCCAGCCUCCCCCCGUCACCUCUCCCCCCUUGGCCAGCGGCAGCAGCACAGAAGAUUCUAGAAGUGAAGAGAUCAGGGCAGGCACCACAGAGGCUCCGCCAGAAGUUCAGACCCUCCCUGGCUCAGAUUUGGAUGGCACUAGCGAUGAGAGUGCCCGGCGCUCUGGAAGCAGCCUGGAAAGGGGAGGCCUGAAGGGACAAAAGGGUGAGCCGGGAGCUCAGGGCCUGCCUGGCCCCGUUGGUCCUCCAGGCCCUGCAGGCCCCGUGGUGCAGGGUUCCAAUGCACAGUCUGUCCCUGGGGCACAGGGACCCCCGGGACCUCCAGGGCCACCAGGGAAGGAUGGUGCCCCAGGAAGGGAUGGUGAGCCGGGAGACCCGGGGGAAGACGGAAAGCCCGGUGACACUGGGCCACAGGGCUUCCCGGGGACUCCAGGAGAUAUGGGCCCCAAGGGCGAGAAGGGAGAUCCUGGGAUCGGGCCAAGAGGACCCCCAGGACCCCAAGGGCCUCCAGGGCCACCAGGACCCUCCCUCAGACAUGACAAGCUGACCUUCAUCGACAUGGAAGGCUCCGGCUUUGGUGGUGAUCUGGAGAGCCUCAGGGGCCCACGUGGCUUCCCCGGCCCCCCGGGCCCCCCGGGUGUCCCAGGCCUGCCUGGCGAGCCUGGCCGCUUUGGCAUGAACAGCUCCCAUGCUCCGGGACCUGCUGGCCUUCCUGGGGUUCCUGGGCGCGACGGAUCCCCUGGGUUUCCAGGCCCCCCGGGCCCCCCCGGAGCUCCAGGAAAAGAGGGUCCACCAGGAAAGACGGGCCAGAAAGGCAGUCUUGGUGACACAGGCGCCCCAGGACCCAAGGGAAGCAAGGGAGACCCUGGCCCUGUCGGUGCUCCCGGGGAGAGCGGCUUUGUAGGAGCCCCUGGUCCCGCUGGACCUCCCGGACCGCCGGGCCCCCCUGGGCCACCAGGACCAGGACUUGCUGCUGGAUUUGACGACAUGGAGGGCUCCGGAGCACCUUUCUGGUCGACAGCCCGCGGCUCUGAGGGGCCACAGGGACCACCCGGCCCGCCAGGACUCAAGGGGGAUCCUGGAGCCCGCGGGCCACCUGGGGCCAAGGGGGAAGUUGGAGCCGACGGAGCCCGCGGGUCCCCUGGCCUCCCUGGCAGAGAAGGCCCGGCAGGGCCCCCGGGACCUAAAGGAGACAAAGGGAGCCCCGGAGAACGAGGUGACCCAGGAAAGGAUGGAGUGGGGCAACCAGGCCUGCCUGGGCCCCCAGGACCCCCGGGGCCCGUGGUCUACGUGUCUGAUCAGGACGGAGCAGUGACCAGUGCACCGGGGCCUGAGGGCAGGCCGGGCUUCGCAGGCUUUCCUGGACCUGCUGGACCAAAGGGCGACCCGGGCUCCAGAGGCGAGCAGGGCUUCCCAGGACCCAAGGGGGAGAAGGGAGAGCCUGGCGGUGUCUUGGGCCCUGACGGCAGAACCCUGGGCCCUGCCCAGAAAGGAGCCAAGGGAGAGCCGGGCUUCCGAGGACCCCCGGGUCCGUAUGGGCGGCCUGGGUACAAGGGUGAGAUCGGCCUUCCUGGACGACCGGGUCGCCCUGGGGUGAAUGGGCUGAAGGGAGAGAAGGGGGAACCUGCAGACGCCAGCCUCGGACUUGGAAUGAGGGGCAUGCCCGGCCCCCCAGGGCCUCCUGGGCCCCCAGGCCCUCCGGGGGUGCCCCUCUACGACAGCAACGCAUUUGUGGAGUCUGGCCACCCUGGGCCUCGGGGACUGCAAGGGCUGCCAGGACCUUCUGGACCAAAGGGUGACAAAGGAGAAGUGGGACCACCUGGACCUCCAGGGCAGUUCCCCGUGGACUUCCUCAGCCUGGAAGCUGAGAUGAAGGGAGACAAGGGGGACCUGGGGGACACUGGACAGAAAGGAGAGAAGGGGGAGCCAGGGGCCAGCGGCGGAUUCUUCAGCUCAAGUGUGCCUGGACCCCCAGGUCCCCCCGGCCCACCAGGCUACCCUGGGAUUCCGGGUCCAAAGGGAGAGAGCAUCCAGGGCCAGCCGGGCCCACCCGGACCUCAGGGACCUCCUGGCAUUGGCUAUGAGGGGCGCCAGGGCCCUCCUGGGCCCCCAGGCCCCCCUGGCCCCCCGGGGCCCCCGUCAUUCCCUGGUCCUCACAGGCAGACUGUCAGUGUCCCUGGCCCCCCAGGCCCACCUGGCCCCCCAGGGCCCCCUGGAACCAUGGGCACCUCUUCAGGGGUGAGGAUCUGGGCCACCUACCAGACCAUGCUGGACAGGGCACGAGAGCUGCCCGAGGGCUGGCUCGUCUUUGUGGCUGAGAGGGAGGAACUCUAUGUACGGGUCCGAAACGGGUUCCGGAAAGUUCUGCUGGAGGCCCGGAUCCCUCUGCCAUCCAGCACGGACAAUGAAGUGGCUGUCCGCCAGCCCCCAGUGGUGCAGCUGCACGAGGGCAACUCAUAUCCCCGGAGGGAGCACUCCUACUCCACCGUGCGCCCCUGGAGAGCAGACGACACCCUGGCCAGCCCCCAGCGCCUCCCCGAUCCCCAGCCCUACCCCGGAGCUCCGCACCACCACGGCUCCUAUGUGCAUCUCCGGCCAGCCCGCCCCACAGCCUCACCUGCCCACACCCAUCAGGACUUCCAGCCGGUGCUCCACCUGGUCGCGCUCAACAGCCCACUCUCGGGCGGCAUGCGCGGCAUCCGAGGGGCCGACUUCCAGUGCUUCCAGCAGGCCCGAGCUGUGGGGCUGGCUGGCACCUUCCGUGCCUUCUUGUCCUCGCGGCUGCAGGACCUCUACAGCAUCGUGCGCCGUGCUGACCGUGGGACCAUUCCCAUCGUCAACCUCAAGGAUGAAGUACUGGCUCCCAGCUGGGAGGCCCUGUUUUCCGGCUCCGGGGGCCAGCUGAAGCCCGGGGCCCGCAUCUUCUCUUUCGAUGGCAGGGACGUCCUGAGGCACCCUGCCUGGCCCCAGAAGAGUGUAUGGCAUGGCUCAGACCCCAGUGGGCGCAGGCUGACGGAGAGCUACUGUGAGGCGUGGCGGACAGAGGCUGCCGGAGCCAUGGGCCAGGCAUCCCCACUGCUGGCGGGCAGACUGCUGGAACAGGAAGCCACAAGCUGCCGCAACGCCUAUGUGGUCCUCUGCAUCGAGAACAGUUUCAUGACCUCCUCCUCCUAAUAGGGUCUCUGCUGGCUCGGACGUGCAUGGAGCCGGGCUCUCAGGACAGGCACAGGGCAGGGAGCACCUAGCCAACCCCCAGGACCUGGCUGGGACAUUUCUACACAGUCCACAUUUCAUGUAAUCCUCCAGAAAUAAAAGGAAGCCAAAGAGAGUAGUUUUCUGAAAGUUUACAACAGAAAGCCCGAUGCCAAGGCUUCCCGCCACUCCCCUGAUGGCCUAUGCUGGCCAGUCUGUCAGGGCCCAAAUCAGACCUCAGCUGGAUUUCAGCAAGAGGCUGACGCAGGACUUCCAGCCCAGAGACCUGUGCUUACCCCAC